AUGCCAUGUGCAAAAUUCCGUCGAUCCAAUGCCGCGGACUGGUCAGAGAAGAAGGUGAUACCAUUGGAGGAGGACCUCUAUCAAUUUAUGGAUCCACAUCAACGCAUGCUUGUGGAUCCGGACCAAAUUGAACAUGACCAAUAUUUGGUCUAUGCGCCAUGGAAUCCUGACCAGUUGCUGGACCACCUCCAAGCCACAAACCGUGAGAUCGAUCGACGGGAGCUGAAAUCCAAUCUUCAACAUCGUCGGGACAUGGAAGUGGCUUCCGAUGAUGCCAAGACAGAGACAGCGGAGCCCGAGGAAGUUCUUGAGACGGCGGAGCCCGAGGAAGUUCUUGGAUCGGAUCCUGUAGCUGCUCGUGAAGCGACGAGUCCGCAUGCGCCAGUGGAGCCUGAGAAGCCCGACCAUCGCACGUCAAAGGUGGAGUCUCUUUCCCAAGGUGCCAAGAAGAAAGAUCAGAAGGCACCCAGCCCGAAGACCAAAAGCGAAGCCGUGGGCCGUGGGAGACCGGACCGGCGGUCGGAGAGGGUGUCGAUCCUGCCGAUCCUGCAGCCGACGCACCGCACGCAGGAGGCGCUGGAGUCUUUGCUGGGCAAAGCCUACUUUGGCUUGAUGUGUGCUCGAUGGGCUGCGCUCUUCUUUUGGGAGGACCGCCAGGAACUACUGGCCGAUGCGAAGUCAGCCAUUUGGCAGGAGCUCUCAGGGCACAAUGCGCCGCCUCCGCCGAAGAGCCGUCGCCAGGUGUCUGAGGAGCUGCAGCCCUUCCGUUGGGCGCUCUAUGUGGCGCUUCUCUACAGCCUUUGGGACAUGAUCUCGAAGGUGACGCGAGGAUUCGCAUGA